CACUACAGGAGCUCGGUCAUUAGUCAUCGCACCAGCGGAAAAGCGAGAGAACGGUAGUAAAGAAAACAUAUUCGUAGUUUUACAAUUGUAUUGAAAAAUGGUCUAUUUUGAGUAACUUAGUGGUCUCAUGUGGAUGUGCGAUACAUUUUUACACGGAGGCGUUUUGUAUUCAAAUCUUGCGAAGGACAAUAGCGGUCAAAAACAAUAACUUUUACUUGACGACUCUAUAUCUCAGCUAGCGUGACAAGUGCCUUAAAUACAGAAGUUAGAAAGGAAGCCAUUUGGCGUUCACCUUAUAACGUUAAUGUCUAACAGUUCAUUUUAUGUCGACCUCACCAGUAUGGCUGAACAGGAGGGUGGAAAUUUAUGUCAAAUCACCAACCAUGCCAAAGCCGGAUCUACUUCCUGGAGAACUGAUGGUGUGCGAGGUACCAAAUGUGUUACGUUUUAAUGCAAUGGGUGAAAAAAAGAAAGGUAUGUCCGGAGUGCUAUGUGCAACCAAUUUCCGUGUUUCAUUUGUCACGGCUGGAACUGGUAGCAGUCGUAGGCAAUCCAUAUUUCAUUCAAAUCAAGACCUAACCGAAGGUGGCGAAGGACUCUCCAGUCAGCCACAAUCCCAAGAUGCAGUUCUCAUUCCUCAAGCUUGCAUCUUGCAAAUCUGCAGCAUGAAUGGCGAGAAAGUGAAAAAAAUCAACCCAGGACAUGUUUUCAAAUCGAAAUUAGAGACAUUAGUCAUUCACUGUAAAGACUUUCGAAUCAUUUCGUUCGGUUUUAAGUUUUGUUCAAAAGAACAACAAAGGAAGAUUGUCAAUGCCAUUUUGCAUUAUUCCUAUCCAUCUUCAUUGUCACGGCUUUUUGCAUUCGACUACCAUCAUUAUCCACAUUUCAAUGGUAAUCACUCAGUUCAUGAGUUGUUUCCAACCUAUCGUAAACAGUCACACUGGGAAGAUGAACUGGAACGUUUGAAUUCGAAGGGAAGAUGGCGUGUGACAUGGGCAAAUAUUGAUUUUGCUAUUUCCGAUACGCUUGGCCAGUACAUGGUUUGUCCCAAGGAUUUGAAUGAGGAAACAAUAGUCAAUGCUUCAAAACAUUACAUAAAUGGUCGAUUGCCCUUUUGGUGCUGGAAUCAUCCUACCACUGGAGUACCAUUACUUUGUAGUUUAGGACUGCAAGAAAUUGAUAUGAUGGACAAAUACGAGAGUAGAAUAUUCGACCAUGUCAAGUCGACGUAUCCUAAAGGCAAGGAGACCCCAAUCACCAUCUUCGAUGUCACUCGGAAUUGCCCGUCACCCCGAGACUUGGAGAUAAGCUACGAGAAAGUCCGAGAGCUGUGCAUGAGCAAAAACGAGCAUGAGUUUUGGGAGACCGACUCGCGCUGGAUGACUAAUAUCGAUGGAUCUCGAUGGCUUCAUCACAUUCGAUCCUCCCUUAUCGCUGCCUAUGCUGUCUCGAAGAUGGUACACGAGGAAGCAAAACCUGUCGUCGUACGCGAAGUCUCCGGGCGCGAUCUAUCUCUGGUAGUGUCCUCCCUUUCUCAGCUCAUAAUGGACCCGUAUUACCGCAAUCCAGGGUUUCAGAGACUCGUCCAGAAGAUGUGGGUGAUAUUUGGACAUCCGUUUGCCAAGCGCGUUUCUCACAUCAAAGUCAUAAAGAAGGAGGAAAAGGACGAGAAUGCCGAGUCGCCAGUGUUUCUACAUUUCCUGGACUGUGUACAACAGUUGCUGACGCAGUUUCCGUCUGCUUUUGAGUUCUCGGAAACUUAUCUUCUCGGAAUGUUGGACUGCGUGUACUCUUGUAUGUUUGAAACAUUUCUCUUCGACAGCGAGAAGGACCGAAGCGUCAUAUGUAAACAAGAAGAUCGCCCCAACCAUCUGGCAAGUUUCUGGGAUUACAUCAUGGAUAAUUUGCCGUCGACCGAGUUUUCCUUAUUCUUGAAUCCACUAUACGAGUUCCAGCGGUCUUAUUUGAUUAGUGACGACGAGAAAUUGAAGAAAGUCGAACCGUAUUUGGUCGGUUGCACCGACACGCCAUGCCUUAAGUUCUGGUCGUCUUGCUUUCUCCGUUGGUUGCCUGUUGCAAAGGAGACCGUCAGUCGGGGACAAUCUCCUUCGAAACAUCUUCAGCAGAUGAUCCUGUUGAACAAGUUGAAAACUUCCAAAAGACGUCAGGCGGUUCUUGAAGCAGAGUUGAAAAGCUUCGACAUGGAGAAGAGCAUUUCUCCUCAGGAUCUAAGUAACAUCACUUCAAUGCACGGCGACUAUAAAGCGACGAUCCUAAAUACCCAUACAGGACCCUUUUCAUUCUCGGAGUUCUCGCUCAAUCCCUUAAUGGAGCGGAAGAAUGGAAGCGCGUCGGCUGCUGAAGGCAAUGAAUUUGCCACGCAAGUUUAGUUCGAAAUUCAUCCCGUAGCGCUAACGCAAUAGAUGAAAUGAUGCAUCGUUGAUUUAUGCAAAAAUUAUCACACACACACACAUAAGUAAAUGGCGUUACGUCAACAUGAGCCUUGAUCGGGUUGUUCGUUGUCGUGGAUGAUCUGGUCACAUGACUAGGAAGAUCCUCGACGCUAGUUGAUAUUGAAAUUUAAUUGUACUCGUAGAGUAUUUUCAUGGCAAUUUACAAAGUGGACAUCGUGACAUCACAAAAAUAGCUAAUGAUUAAAAACAAGAGGAUUAAUAUAGAAAACUUGCGUUGUGGUGUUUUUGAACAACCCAGUCAUAGACUAUAACUAAAGUAUUUUUUCACAAUUCAUUACCCAACUAGUCCACCUUGUACCGUUCGUAUCGUUAAUAUAUAGUUAUGCAUUAUUUUGUUCGACCACUCACCCAAGCACGGCGCAUGUGCAGUAGGCAUGGUUUCGUUGCCAAACUUCUUCCGAAUGUGGUAAUAUAUUGAAUCAUAUAAAUGUUACAUAGAAAUGAUGUUGCAGCACUGCAAGUACGAACACAUCAUUGUACGAAAAAAAUAAUUAAAGUUUAAAUGAAUUGGAUUACGUAAAGUAAAAA